CUCAGCUCUCUCAUUCCACUUUCACCUCGUGCUCCUUGUCAACAAACAACUUGCUCUCUUUGGAGAAAGUUGCAAUUUGGAAUAAAAACUCCGUUUUGAUCCACCAGGAAGAUAAUAGACUUCUAAAUAUUUAUAUGUUGCAUGGUUUGAGAAUGGCAAAGUCAUCCCCUGCCUUGCAGUUCAAAGUACUGGCUGAAUGUCCUGUGACAAAGGCAAGGACGAGCUUAAUGACACUUCCUCAUGGUACAGUUGAAACGCCGGUUUUUAUGCCCGUGGGGACACAGGGAACACUAAAAGGACUUCUUCCAGAACAAUUGGAACAACUGGGCUGUCACAUUAUGCUUGGAAAUACAUAUCAUUUAGGAAACCGUCCGGGAAUUGAACUCAUUAAGGAAGCUGGAGGGCUUCACAACUUCAUGAAUUGGAAUCGAUCACUGCUUACAGAUUCCGGAGGAUUUCAGAUGGUAUCACUCCUUGAGUUGGCAGAAAUUACCGAAGAUGGAGUAAAAUUUAAAUCUCCAUAUGACGGGUCAGAAUGUAUGAUGACACCAGAACAUUCAAUUCAAAUCCAAAACACCCUCGGUGCUGAUAUAAUUAUGCAACUGGACGAUGUAGUCUCUUCUACAACAACGGGUCCAAGAGUCGAGGAAGCAAUGCAUAGAACAAUAAGAUGGUUGGAUCGUUGCAUCGCAGCUCAUCAAAAUCCAGAAAAGCAAAAUUUAUUUCCUAUUGUGCAAGGAGGAUUAAAUCCAGAAUUACGGAAAGCCUGUGCCAAAGAACUAAUUAAGCGAGAUACUCCUGGUUUCGCAAUUGGUGGAUUAAGCGGAGGUGAAAGUAAAGAUGAUUUCUGGAAGAUGGUUCAUAUUUCUACGGAUAUCCUUCCUAAUCAUAAACCUCGGUAUUUAAUGGGCGUCGGAUUUGCUGAGGAUCUCGUUGUCUGUUCUGCUUUAGGAUGCGACAUGUACGAUUGUGUCUUCCCUACAAGGACUGCUAGAUUUGGUUCGGCAUUGACUUUCACCGGCCAAGUUAAUUUAAAACAUCAAAAGUUUAAAAAUGACUUUACUCCUGUUGACCCGGAAUGCCCGUGCUCCACUUGCAAAACCUAUACGAAAGCGUACAUACAUGCAAUUGCAACGCAUGAAACUAUGGCUUGUCAUUUGCUAACUGUUCAUAAUAUAACAUUCCAGAUGCGUUUAAUGAAAAGGAUCAGGGAAAGCAUAAAAGAAGCAACAUUUGUUGAAUUUGUGCGUAAUUUUAUGUUUGGUCUCUACCCAAGUAAAAAUUAUCCAAAGUGGUCUCAAGAUGCUUUGAAUGCUGUGGGAAUAAGCUUAUUGUAGAUUAUACUUCUACAUAUUUAUUCAUGUUCAUGACGAAAUAGUUUUACAUGUAUAGUCCUAGAAUUUUUCUAAAAUUUUAAUAAAUGAUCUGCGGAUUAUCAAAAUCAAAA